UCUCCCUCCCUCUCAUUUUCUCUCUUGUUCCUCUACUUUCUUGGGAAAAUUUAUGGUGAUAGUCCUCCAACUGAAACUCAUCUUCAUCUGGAAUAGAAUUGUUGGGCAAUCUUCUUGAUGAAUAUCAGCCCCGAAUCAAGAAGCUAGCUGGUAUUUCUGGUUUCUCUCAUUCAACAAUUUCUUUCUAGUUCCAAUGGAAAUGCCCGAGGCUGAACCUCCACCAGAAAUUCGCGAAAACCGACACCCUCUCCCACCAGAAAUUCAAGAAAGCGAUAUUGAAGAGAUUUACAAUGCUAUUGAAUAUAUUCUUGAUCAAGAUCAAGAAGUUCUUGCUCAGAUGUUCACUUGUACGAAUUGCCAUACUGACUUAGCCAGCCUGAAUGAUUUCAUUGAGGAUAUUGACCCAUUAGACGAUUCCCCCGUGCGCAGCUUACUCUUCAAUAACGUUAUGAAUGUGAACUUUGGAGGAGUACAACACCGAGUUUCUACGCAUCUACAUCAAACUGAAGUGGACGUGAGCCAUAUCCACUGUAAUUCAUGCCAAAGUUUUGUUGGGUGGAAAAUAGUAAGGACUUAUGGAACAUUGCCACCAGUAAGGACUUAUCGAUCAAUCCCAUCUUACAAAUUAUUCUAUCUUCAUACAUUAGCAAGCUUUAAUCUUAGGGAUAUGAUGAAUAUCAGAUACAGGUUCACGGGUAUGGAGUCCACCCAGUAAUCCUCGCAGGC